AUGCGAACGACGUUGGAUGAAAUCAAAGCAGUCCUGCAUGCCGGAUUCGAUUCGAGACUCAAGCAGGAACUCAUCACAAAAGAAGACUUCGCGAAUUCAAUUCAGGUUCUGCAGACCAAAUUAGAUGAAGGAUUGAACAGAAUGGAGGAACUUAGAACGAGAACUGAUGACAUUUUACCUGACUUUUGUCCCAGUGGCAGUCCCAAUGGGAUUUACCAAAUAAAGCUUCGGGAUCUUGAACCCUUUAAAGCGCCAUGUGCGACGUCUCCACCUGGUUAUACUGUAAUUCAGAGGCGCAUUGACGGAUCCGAGAACUUCAAUCGAACCUGGGAGGAAUACAAAACUGGAUUUGGAAAUGUCAGGAGAGAAUUCUUCAUCGGGCUGGAAAAAUUGCAUCGGAUGACUGAGGCACGACCCCACGAACUCUUCAUUAAACUUAGAAAGGAUAAUGGAUCCACCAGUUACGCUCAUUACGAUAAUUUUGCAAUCGGGAGUGAGGAGGAAUCCUACCAGUUAAAGAAUAUAGGGGAAUAUUCUGGUGAAGCCGGAGACUCCCUUAGAGAAAGUGAGCACCAAAAGUUCUCCACAUUAGAUCGGGAUAAUGACAAUUUGAGUAACUUUAAUUGUGCCAGUAAGAACGGUGCAUGUUGGCUCAAUGGAAAAUACUUCAAAGAUGGCAAAGGUCGUAACGGAAUUCAUUGGAUCUCAUGGCAGCACUACGACUGGUCGAUGUCACUUACCUUUGUCGAAAUGAUGAUAAGGCCCAAGUCCUUAUGA